GAGGAUCCUUUCAGUGGCCGUUCGCUAGUCGCGCCGUCUUCGCGGGGUUAGUCCUGGAGCGUCCGGGACAAGGCUAAUCCGUCGGGUCAGCCGAUUUCGUGACGGGGUGGAUGACCCAUGGGGACGGCGGGUGGUGUGCUCGUGGAUCGCAGAAUCUGUUUAUCUGGGGAUGUCACGUCCUGCCAAGAGGACCUCCUAUCUGAGCUUGUGGCGUGAAUUCCUGGUCUUCCAUUCGGCCGCCAGGAGACUCGGUUUAAACCGACGUCUGGGAAAACACGGAAUGAACGUUUCCACGGUGUUUCCCGAAGGGUACGUGGAAAAUGACCGAGCGCAGCGUCAUGCAUCGUCGAUACCUAAGGUGGCUGAAGGGAGUCCCGAGCGACGGCAUCGACGCAUGAAGGAGUUCGUUGGCCUGGAGGAGGUCACCAAGCUCGACUUCCUGGUGAUGCUGUUCGCCGAGAUCCUGGGCACGUUUCUCCUGGUCCUCAUAGGCACCGCAUCCUGUAUCUCGUGGACAACUACGAUGCCGCCGAGUGUCUUGCACAUCGCAUUUACCUUCGGCCUCGCGGUGGCAAGUUUGGCACAGGUUCUAGGACCGAUUUCCGGCUGUCACGUAAACCCGGCUGUGUCGUUCGGUCUGCUGAUCAGCGGAAAUUGCAGUCUUCUCAAAACUAUCAGUUACAUCGUCUGCCAGUGUUGCGGCGCUAUUGCGGGGUCCGCUGUUCUCAAUCUGAUUAUACCUAAAACGCAUGCCAGCGGCCUGGGUCUCACCGCGCUGCACACCGAGGUGACCGCUGGCCAGGGCGUAGGGAUGGAAAUAAUCAUCACGUUUCUGCUGGUGCUGGUCGUUCACGCCGUCACGGAUCCCAAGAGGACCGAUGUGAGGGGCUGGGCCCCGCUCGCGAUCGGCCUGACGAUCUCGGUGGCCCAUAUGGCGGCGGUGCCCGUCACCGGUAGCAGCAUGAAUCCUGCCAGGAGCCUGGGGCCGGCCGUGGUGGACGACGAGUACAAGAAUCUGUGGAUUUACUGGGUGGGCCCGCUCAUCGGCGGCGGCGUGGCCGGCGGCGUGUACAGGCUGGGCCUGAGAGCCAACAAGGAGGACGAGGGCUCAUAUGACUUCUAAGGGCGCAACUUCUGAAUCCUACGAACAUGUAAGAGAUGGGUUCUAAUAAUGAUAAUUAUCCCGCGAAGACACCGGACGUUUCCCGGAUGUAAAUAAAGACGUAGAAUUGUAAGGAUGACGAUGUGACGAUCGCGAGACGAUUUUCGUGAUCUUCGUCCGUUGCAUUUAACAAAAGAUUAUGUUCGCGAAGGAUUUACAGGGAAUAUAUUUCUGAGUGGAAUUGAACGCUGCGGAUUUUAAAGAGGAGCGAAAUGCUAUAGAUUCGACGAGUUCAGGAAAGGAGAUUGUUUCAGUAUAUAAAUUAUCUUACAAUGUAAACCACAUUGAAUAUUUUUUGUAAUAUUUUAUUUCAUCUGGAAUCUUUUUUGUAUUAAUUAUAUCAUUUACAUUCAGUAUCAAAUGGUGUCGUCUGUUUCCUGUUUUUGGCAUGCCAAGUCUUUUUAAUCGACAGCGUUCAACCGGAAAAAGUCCCAAGAAGCAAAAAUACAUUGACAUUAUUGUAUAAUACACAACGUACAAAAAAAUUGCAGAAUAUUAUAUUAAUAUUAAUAUUUCAGUAAUUAUUAUCUAUUAAAUAUUAUUGCGGAGUAAGACUCGUAUAUGAUAUUAUCACACAAUAAUGCAUAAGAUAUCAGAUUGAUACCCUUUCCCAAAGAUUCCCUUUCUCGCCUUAAGAAAUUAGAACUUAAAAGUAUUCUCCUAGAGCGUGCGAAGAGAAAUUUCUUCAAUCAUUAUCAUCAUUGUACUUACUAUCAUUGUGACACCGACAUAACUCGAGAUUAUUUAUCAAUUGACACUCUCGUCUUGUAUGAAUCCUACAUCCGCUAUUUUGUACAUCGCCGAUCUGAAUUUUGUACAUAUAGUUAACUUAGAUAGCUCACGUAGCAAUAGACCGAACGUAUUAGUGAUGGGCGAUCUCGAUUCGAGAUUUAAAAAAAAAAUUUUUCCUACAAAAAUCGAUUCUAUGCCCUUUCUUUCUUUUUAUGUGUUGAUUUCUAAUCAUUUAAAAUUUAAACUUGCAUGCGAUUUUUUGGAUCAUUUUUUA